AUGUGCCACCAAGCUACUUGCAGUAAUUGCCACAAGACCACGUGGUGGGGUUGCGGCAACCACGUCCCUAGCGUUAUGAAAUCCAUCCCCACCGAGCAAUGGUGCACGUGCGAGCCCAAGGUCGAGAAAGACGGAACACAAUAUCCACCCAAGGGAGCUAUGGGCAGCUGA